AUUUCUCUUUCUGUGGAUGCUCAUAUAAAGAAACCAAUGUUCUAAAGGCGGCUAAAGUGCCAAAGCACUAUCGAGCAUCAAUGGCGGAGACAGGGUCCGGUGUUAAAGGCUCAGCGAGAUGGUCACUCAAGGGAAAGACCGCUCUGGUCACCGGCGGCACCCGUGGCAUAGGGCAUGCGGUGGUGGAGGAACUAGCUGGUUUUGGUGCGUCCGUAUAUACUUGUUCCAGGAACGAAGUGGAGCUCGGUAAGUGCUUAAAGGAAUGGGAGGGUAAGGGUUUCGUGGUCUCUGGCUCGGUGUGCGACGCGUCGUCACGUGCCCACAGAGAGAGGCUCCUGGAGCAAGUCGCUUCUGUUUUCAAUGGCAAGCUCAACAUACUUAUAAACAAUGUUGGGACAAACAUCAGGAAGCCAACCAUUGAGUACACAGCUGAAGAAUAUUCUACACUCAUGACUACCAACUUUGAAUCUGCAUACCACCUGUGUCAACUUGCACAUCCUCUUCUAAAAGCAUCCGGAAUGGGAAGCAUUGUGUUCAUUUCAUCUGUUGCAGGUCUGGUCAGUAUUGGUAGCGGAUCCAUCUAUGCAGCGAGUAAAGCGGCAAUUAACCAGCUUACAAAAAAUCUGGCUUGUGAAUGGGCAAAAGACAAUAUCAGGACCAAUUGUGUUGCACCCUGGUAUACCAGAACCUCACUGGUGGAACACUUGCUUGAAAACAAAAAGUUUUUGGAAGAGAUUGUCUCAAAAACUCCUCUUCAGCGUGUUGCGGAAGCAGAGGAACUCUCAUCCUUGGUGGCAUUCCUUUGCCUACCAGCUGCUUCUUACAUCACCGGACAAACCAUCUCUGUUGAUGGAGGAAUGACCGCAAAUGGUUUUCAAGCCAGCAUGCGACUUGACUGAGGAAAUUUGCCUUUUUUCCCUGCCAAAACUUCUUGAAUUGCUUGUCAUACGUAAAGUAUGUUCAAUGCAGUUAUAGACUCUAGUUGCAUCUGAUGUGUUAUUUGUUGUGGGUUACUUCAACGAUCAUGGCCAUUAGUGGUUGUUUGGCAUAUUUUUAUUUCAUUGAUGUCUUGCACACAAGUACUUAAUGGUUGGUUUCUGAGUUGCAAUGAUUCUUAUAGCUCAAUAUAUGUUGCAUACCACCAUUAUUUGC